ACAUGAAGCGCAGCCAUCACAGAAGAUAAGCAAGCAAGCAAAACCCCAUGCGUGAUUCCCUCCAGCUCUCUCAACCAACUGCGCCCGCCCUCAUUUAUAAGCCUUCCUCUCUGCCCCCUCUCUUCUCCGCCCCGUCAUCGGACACCAUUUCCACUAAAAACCAGCCGUUCCUCUAGGUGUUAGUUACGGACCAGUCAGUUCCAAUUCCUCGUUCUCAAUCGCCAUGGCUAAUCCAAGAACGGUGCUGACCUCCGCGCCGUCGCCGCCCGGCUGCAGCUGCUCCUCCUCCUCCUCGCCGCCAGCGUUCGAGCCGCCGUCGCCGUCCGACGGGGAGCUGCUCCGGUCGCUGCACCGCCUCGCGCGGGACCUGUCCGCCGGCGACGCCGCCGCCGAGACGCCGGCGCCGUUCCUGCGCGCCGCGCUCGCGUUCGUCACGAGGCGGUCCAAGCUCCUGGCGGCCGCGUUCGACGACCUGGCCGUGUGCGCCGCGGCGGCCGACCUGCCGCGGUCCGCCUCGCUGUGCCUCCGCGAGGUGCUCCUCGUGCUGCAGCGCUUCAAGGCCCUGGCCGCCGACUGCGCCGCGCGGAGCCGGAUGCGGCUGCUGCUGCAGUCGGACGAGAUCGAGGAGGAGGUGCGGGAGCUGCAGCAGGACCUCGCCACGCUGCUCGACCUCCUGCCCGUCGCCGAGCUCGGCCUCGCCGAGGACGUCCUGGACCUGCUGGCGCUCGCGUCGCGGCAGUGCCGGCGGUUCGCGCCGCCGGCCGGGGCGGAGCGGGCGCUCAAGGCGAGGGUGCUGUCGCUCAUACAGGGAAUCGAGCGGGAGAUCGUGCCGGAGCGGGAGCGGCUGGAGGAGAUCCUGGAGGAGGUGGGCAUCAGCGACGCGGCGACCUGCAGCGACGAGAUCGAGAGCCUCGAGUGGGAGAUCGGCGACCGCGCCUCGGAGAGGUGGACGGACGCCAUGAUCGCGCUCGUCGGCCUGCUCCGGUACGCCAAGUGCGUCCUGUUCAGCGCCACGCCGAGGCCUUCGGAUUCCAAGACGGGCCCCGAGGUCGACGAGGAGGGGGAGCCACCGGCGGCGCCGCCGGACUUCCGCUGCCCCAUCACCCUCGACAUCAUGCGCGAACCCGUCGUCGUCGCCAGCGGCCAGACAUACGACCGCGAGCCCAUCGCCCGGUGGUUCGAUUCCGGCAAGUCAACGUGCCCCAAGACAGGGCAGGUCCUCACCAAUCUGGAGCUCGUGCCCAACAAGGCUCUCAAGAACCUCAUCGCCAAGUGGUGCCGGGAGAAUGGCGUCGCCAUGGAAAGCAGCGAGGCCAGCAAGAGCGAGCCGGCGCAGGCGGUGUCGGCGAACAAGGCCGCGCUGGAGGCGGCGCGCAUGACGGCGUCGUUCCUGGUGAAGAAGCUCUCCAUCUCAUUCUCCCCUGACGCGGCCGACCGCGUCGUGCACGAGAUCCGGCUGCUGUCCAAGUCUGGCAACGACUGCCGCGCGUUCGUCGGAGAGGCCGGGGCCGUGCCGCUGCUGGUGCCCCUGCUCUACUCCGAGGACGCGGGGCUCCAGCUGAACGCUGUCACGGCGCUGCUCAACCUGUCAAUCCUCGAGGCCAACAAGAAGCGCAUCAUGCACGCCGAGGGCGCCGUGGAGGCGGUCGGCCACAUCCUGAGCUCCGGCGCGACGUGGCGCGCCAAGGAGAACGCGGCGGCCGCCGUGCUCAGCCUGGCGGCCGUCCACACCUACCGGCGCCGCCUGGGCCGGAACAUGUCCAUCGUAGAGAAGCUGGUGCACCUGGUGCGCACCGGCCCGGCGAGCACCAAGAAGGACGCAUUGGCCGCGCUGCUGUCGCUGGCCGGCGAGCGGGAGAUCGUCGGGAAGCUCGUGGACGCCGGCGUGGCGCAGGUGGCCCUGUCGGCGGUCGGCGAGGAGGAGACCGCGGCCGCGGUGCUGGCCGCAUUGGCGAAGCGCGGCGGCGCGGAGGCGAUCGUGGGCAUGGACGGCGCCGUGGCGCGGCUGGUGGCCGAGAUGCGGCGCGGCACGGAGUGGGGCCGGGAGAACGCGACGGCGGCGCUGGUGCUGCUGUGCCGGCGGCUGGGCGCGCGCGCGGUGACGCAGGUGAUGGCCGUGCCCGGCGUGGAGUGGGCCAUCUGGGAGCUGAUGGGCACCGGCACGGAGCGCGCCCGGCGCAAGGCGGUGUCGCUCGGCAGGAUAUGCCGGCGGUGGGCCGCCGCCUCGGCCGCCGACGGCGAGCGCGGCAACGGGUGCCCCGCCGCCAGCGUCGUGCCGCCGGCCAUGAUGGCGUCAUGACCGAGUCGCGAUGCCAGAUAGGGUAAGCUCAGAAAAAAGAAAGAAACGAUCCCCCCCCCCCCCCCUCCCUCUUCCCCUUCAUCAUGUACAAAAAGUUUGCUUAGGCUGUCACGAUUCUUUGAUCAGAAAGAGAGAUAACGGCGAGUGAUUGAUCAACUGUGCAUACGGAAACCUCUGUACGACUGUACCAAAUGCAAUCUCCUCCAUUUCUACAGGAAUUUUAGUCCACGCCAGCUCGGCGGUUCGAAGCACGCAAUGAUACAAAAAAAAGGGAUUAGUUUGAGACUCCAUUUGCUGAUUUGCGGCCUGUCAUCAAACAAGGAUAACAAAACGAAGAAGGUUGUUUGCUCCUGAA